AUGACCCAGGCGGAGAAGGGGGACGCUGAGAACGGGAAAGAGAAGGGCGGAGAGAAGGAGAAGGAGCAGCGCGGCGUGAAACGACCCAUCGUGCCAGCGCUGGUGCCGGAGUCGCUGCAGGAGCAAAUCCAGAGCAACUUCAUUGUUGUCAUACACCCAGGUUCAACAACCCUAAGGAUUGGGCGAGCUACAGACACACUUCCUGCUAGCAUUCCUCAUGUAAUUGCACGAAGGCACAAACAACAAGGGCAGCCACUAUACAAGGACAACUGGCUCCUAAGGGAAGGACUAAAUAAACCAGAAAGUAAUGAACAAAGACAAAAUGGCCUUAAAAUGGUGGAUCAAGCAAUAUGGUCUAAAAAGAUGUCAAAUGGUACAAGACGGAUUCCCGUGUCCCCUGAACAGGCACGCUCCUACAACAAGCAGAUGCGACCUGCAAUUUUAGAUCACUGUUCUGGAAAUAAGUGGACAAACACGUCUCAUCACCCUGAGUUUUUGGUGGGAGAAGAGGCCUUGUAUGUUAAUCCAUUGGACUGUUAUAAUAUUCACUGGCCUAUCAGAAGAGGUCAGUUAAAUAUUCACCCAGCUGAAACCACUUCUGUUCUGGCAGAUAUUGAAAUAAUAUGGUCUCACGCAAUACAAAAAUACUUGGAAAUUCCACUCAAAGAUUUAAAGUAUUAUAGAUGUAUCUUGCUGAUUCCUGAUAUCUAUAAUAAACAGCAUGUGAAAGAACUAGUGAAUAUGAUCUUAAUGAAGAUGGGUUUUUCAGGGAUUGUGGUCCAUCAGGAGUCUGUGUGUGCCACCUUUGGAAGUGGUUUAAGCAGCACUUGUAUCGUAGAUGUUGGAGAUCAGAAGACAAGUGUGUGUUGUGUGGAGGAUGGGGUCUCUCAUCGGAAUACUCGGCUCUGUCUGGCGUAUGGGGGCUCUGACGUGUCACGGUGUUUCUACUGGCUGAUGCAGCGAGCUGGGUUCCCUUACCGAGAAUGCCAGCUAACAAAUAAAAUGGAUUGUCUUCUUCUACAGCACCUUAAAGAAACUUUUUGUCAUUUAGAUCAGGACAUCUCUGGGCUUCAGGAUCAUGAGUUUCAGAUUCGACAUCCGGAUUCCCCUGCCCUACUUUACCAGUUUCGAUUAGGAGAUGAAAAACUCCAGGCUCCAAUGGCUUUGUUUUACCCAGCAACUUUUGGAAUUGUUGGACAGAAGAUGACAACCUUGCAGCACAGAUCCCAGGGUGACCCUGAGGAUCCUCAUGAUGAGCAUUAUCUGCUGGCCACGCAGAGCAAGCAAGAACAGUCUGCAAAAGCUACUGCUGACCGAAAGUCUGCAUCCAAACCCAUUGGAUUUGAAGGGGAUCUUCGUGGCCAGUCCUCUGAUCUUCCAGAAAGACUCCAUGCCCAGGAGGUGGAUUUGGGAUCCUCCCAGGGAGACUGUUUGAUGGCCGGCAAUGAAUCUGAAGAGGCUCUCACAGCACUGAUGUCCAGGAAGACUGCCAUCUCGCUGUUUGAAGGGAAGGCCCUGGGCCUGGAUAAAGCCAUUCUUCACAGCAUAGACUGCUGUUCAUCUGAUGAUACCAAAAAGAAGAUGUACAGUUCCAUCCUGGUGGUAGGAGGUGGUUUGAUGUUUCAUAAAGCUCAAGAAUUUCUGCAGCACAGAAUUCUCAACAAAAUGCCACCUUCAUUCAGGCGAAUUAUUGAGAAUGUGGACGUGAUCACAAGGCCCAAGGACAUGGAUCCCCGGCUGAUUGCAUGGAAAGGAGGGGCCGUGCUGGCUUGUUUGGACACAACACAGGAGCUGUGGAUCUAUCAGAGAGAAUGGCAGCGCUUUGGUGUCCGCAUGUUACGAGAGCGAGCUGCUUUUGUGUGGUGAAAGUGGGCAGGAAGUCAGUGUUGA